AUGGAAGUUCAAUAUGCUUAUCAGAAGAAAAGGAGUGAUUUCGGACGACAAUGCCAAUUUUGCUUGAGAGGACCUGAAAUAAUAGACGAUUUUCCUUCCAACAGGAAACUUUACAAGGACUAUAUUUUAAGAGAUCCCGUAUCGAGAAGCACACAAUGCGCCCCGAUCCAGGCGGAGCACAACCUCAAUACGAUGCGGGCGGAAUACGCCAACGCCUCCAUGAACCACGUGGAGGGCGGCUGGCCCAAAGACGUCAACAUCACCGACGAGGAGCAGACCAAGAGGUACCGCAGGAAGAUAGAGAAGGACGAGGGAUUCAAUCACACCAUGAUGCAACUGUUCAAAAACAUGGAGAACUGCAUACUACAAAACAACGCGAUCAACAUCUACCAGCAAUAUUUCUCGGACAUCGUGCAAACGCCUCUGGUCGAAAGGAGCACCGCUCGAACGGUGAACGUCUAUCAGGACCAGUGCACCCCAUCCAGGCCCAUCACUCAUAUUUCUUGGUCGCCGGACAACCAGACGAAGUUGGCGGUGUCCCACUGCAAUUUGGUGUACCAAGCGUUGGUACCCCGACAGACGACUUUCUCCUACAUCUGGGAGGUCGAGAAUCCCAAUCGUCCCCUGAUGACGUUGAAGCCCGAGCAUUCGAUCGUGUGUCUGGAAUACAACCAAAAGGAUCCGCACUCAUUGGUCAGCGGCCAAAUCAACGGCCAAGUGGCCGUGUGGGAUACGAGGAAAGGAAACGAGCCCGUAGAGUUGAGCGUGAUCGAGACCAGUUUCAGGGAUCCGGUGCACAACGUGCUUUGGGUACAUUCGAAGACCGGAGCGGAAUUUUUCAGCGCCUCCACAGAUGGACAAGUCAAAUGGUGGGAUAUUAGAAAACUAUCGGAACCGACAGAAACGCUGAUUUUGGACUACACCAAGGACGAAGACCAAAGUUUGGCGAACGCGAUGGGUGCCUCCUGUUUGGAGUACGAGAGCACCAUCCCCACCCGUUUCAUGGUCGGCACCGAACAGGGCGUUGUCAUUUCGUGCAACAGGAAGGGCAAAACGGCGUUGGAGAAGAUGCCGAUGCGGUUCACGUCGCACAUGGGGCCGGUGCUGGCGCUCCAGAGGAAUCCGGGUUUCGUGAAGAAUUUCUUGACCAUCGGCGAUUGGACGGCGAAGAUUUGGUCAGAGGAUUGCAGAGAGAGUUCCAUCAUGUGGACCAGUUUCCACAAGGCCAUGCUCACCGAUGGAGCUUGGAGUCCUACAAGGCUUUCCGUUUUUUUCACGACAAGAUCAGAUGGCACUCUCGACGUUUGGGACAUUCUCCAGCAACAGAAACAAGCGUGUUUGAGCGUGAAAGUUUGCGACGAGGCGCUGAAAUGUCUGAGAACUCACGAUAUGGGCAGACUGGUGGCGGUCGGAAAUCAAAAGGGCACUAUCUACUUGGUGGAAUUCAGCGAAAAUUUGGCCGCGUCCAACAAAAAUGACAAGGCACUUUUAACUGCGAUGUUGGAGCGCGAGAGCCGGCGCGAAAAGAUCCUGGAGGCGCGCAACCGCGAGCUGCGCCUCAAGCAGAAGAGCCGGCACGCCGGCGCCGGCCUGGAGCCCGAGACGCCGGCCGACGUUGCCGGCGCCGCCAUCGGGGACGCCGCCUCGUUCUACGACGGCGCCGUCAGACAAGCCGAAGCGGAGUUCUAUCAGAAGAUCGCCGCGGAGAUAGAGGCGAACAAGCCGAAAGAGGUGGAGGAAUUGGCGGUGGCCGAAAGCGAGACCAUGGUGGAGUUGACGGGGGCCGUGGAGGAGUCGACGCCUGCGCUCGUCGAGCCCGAGCUGGACGAGAAGAAGAAGAAAUGA